AUGUGCAAGCUUCUGUAUCUAUGGUGUAACAGGUUAGUGGAUGACCGAUGUGUGGUUCAGCCAGAGGCAGGUGACCUUGCUAAUCCUCCAAAGAAGUUCAGAGACUGCCUUUUCAAGGUGUGUCCUAUGAACCGAUACUCAGCCCAGAAGCAGUACUGGAAAGCCAAGCAAGCCAAACAAGGAAACCAUACAGAAGCAGCACUGCUGAAGAAACUCCAACACGCAGCAGAACUGGAGCAAAAGCAGAACGAAAGCGAGAACAGAAAGCUGUUGGGCGAAAUUGUAAAAUAUAGCAAUGUCAUACAGCUACUGCACAUAAAAAGUAACAAGUACCUCACGGUCAAUAAAAGAUUGCCGGCUCUGCUGGAGAAGAAUGCCAUGCGGGUGUCUCUGGAUGCUGCAGGGAACGAGGGAUCCUGGUUUUAUAUCCAGCCAUUCUGGAAACUGAGGAGCGAAGGUGACAAUGUUGUUGUGGGAGAUAAAGUUGUUCUCAUGCCGGUCAAUGCAGGGCAGCCUUUACAUGCCAGCAGCAUUGAACUUCUAGAUAACCCUGGCUGCAAAGAGGUAAAUGCUGUCAACUGUAACACAAGCUGGAAAAUAACUUUGUUCAUGAAAUUCAGUAGUUAUCGAGAUGAUGUACUGAAAGGAGGAGAUGUUGUUAGGCUGUUUCAUGCAGAGCAAGAGAAAUUUCUGACCUGUGAUGAAUAUGAGAAGAAACAACAUAUUUUCCUUCGUACUACAUUACGUCAGUCAGCCACUUCUGCAACAAGUUCUAAAGCACUGUGGGAAAUAGAGGUUGUCCAUCAUGACCCUUGCCGGGGAGGGGCAGGACAGUGGAAUAGCUUGUUUAGAUUUAAGCAUCUGGCAACUGGAAACUACUUAGCUGCAGAGCUUAACCCACACUACCCAGACGGUAAUCAUGAAGGAAAAACUUCGCAGAGAGACGGCGACCUUCCUGCUUCAAAGAAGAAACGCCAAGCAGGGGAGAAGAUUAUGUAUACUUUGGUCUCUGUGCCACAUGGAAAUGACAUCGCAUCUCUCUUUGAACUGGAUGCCACCACUCUUCAGAGAGCUGAUUGCCUGGUUCCAAGGAACUCAUACGUCCGGCUGAGGCAUUUAUGCACUAACACUUGGGUCACCAGUACCAGCAUUCCAAUAGACACUGAUGAAGAGAGGCCUGUAAUGUUAAAGAUUGGGACGUGCCAAACAAAAGAGGACAAGGAAGCUUUUGCCAUUGUAUCAGUUCCUCUGUCUGAGGUCAGAGACUUGGACUUUGCCAAUGACGCCAACAAAGUUCUAGCGUCAACUGUUAAAAAGCUGGAGAAUGGAACAAUAACCCAGAAUGAAAGGAGGUUUGUAACCAAGUUACUGGAAGAUCUAAUUUUCUUUGUUGCUGAUGUGCCUAAUAACGGGCAGGAAGUUUUGGAUGUGGUCAUUACCAAGCCAAACCGGGAACGACAAAAAUUAAUGAGGGAACAAAAUAUAUUGGCUCAGAUAUUCGGCAUCCUCAAAGCUCCUUUUAAGGACAAAGGUGAAGGAUCGAUGCUGAGACUUGAAGACCUAGGUGACCAGAGAUAUGCUCCAUACAAAUACAUGUUAAGGUUAUGUUACAGAGUCCUCAGACAUUCCCAACAGGACUAUAGGAAGAACCAGGAAUACAUUGCUAAGAACUUCUGUGUCAUGCAGUCCCAGAUUGGUUAUGAUAUCCUGGCAGAAGACACCAUCACAGCUUUGUUGCACAACAACAGAAAACUGCUAGAGAAACACAUCACAGCUAAAGAAAUAGAGACGUUUGUUAAUUUACUCAGGAGAAAUCGAGAGCCAAGAUUCUUGGAUUAUCUAUCGGACCUGUGUGUAUCUAACACCACAGCAAUACCAGUAACUCAGGAACUCAUCUGCAAAUUUAUGCUGAGCCCAGCGAAUGCCUAUAUUCUCAUUCAGACCAAGCUGGUUUCGACACAAAUGGACAAUCCCUUGGAAUGCCCAGUCAUUUCAGAUGACAUUGAUGAAGAGGAAGUGUGGCUUUACUGGAUUGACAGUAACAAGGAGCCUCAUGGCAAAGCCAUCAGGCAUCUGGCUCAGGAGGCAAAGGAGGGCACAAAAGCGGAUUUAGAGGUUCUUACCUACUACAGGUACCAACUGAACCUCUUUGCGAGAAUGUGCCUGGACCGCCAAUAUCUAGCUAUCAACCAGAUUUCUGCACAGCUGUCAGUAGACUUGAUCCUACGAUGUAUGUCUGAUGAAAGCCUCCCUUAUGACCUCCGGGCUUCUUUUUGCCGACUGAUGCUACACAUGCAUGUGGACAGAGAUCCUCAGGAAUCUGUGGUACCUGUCAGAUAUGCCAGAUUGUGGACUGAAAUUCCUACUAAGAUCACAAUUCAUGAGUAUGAUUCUUUCACAGACUCUUCGAGGAAUGAAAUGAAGAGAAAGUUUGCGCUAACUAUGGAAUUUGUAGAAGAGUACUUGAAAGAAGUUGUAAAUCAGCCCUUUCCUUUUGGAGACAAAGAGAAAAAUAAACUUACAUUUGAGGUGGUACAUCUGGCUCGAAACCUCAUAUACUUUGGCUUUUAUAGUUUUAGUGAGCUUCUCAGACUUACCCGGACGCUGCUGGCAAUUCUAGAUAUUGUUCAAGUUCCUAUAUCAUCAUACUUCGAAAGGUUGAGCAAGUUUCAGGACGGAGGAAAUAAUGUUAUGAGGACCAUCCAUGGUGUAGGAGAGAUGAUGACCCAAAUGGUACUGAGCAGAGGAUCUGUAUUUCCCAUCAGUGCCCCUGAUGUACAGCCAGGCAUUCACCCAAGCAAGCAAGCCAGUGCCUCAGACAGCGAAGAUGUGAUCGUAAUGGACACCAAAUUGAAAAUCAUUGAGAUCUUGCAGUUUAUUCUCAGUGUUAGACUGGACUAUAGAAUAUCCUACAUGCUGUCUAUCUAUAAGAGGGAGUUUGGGGAAAACAAUGAAAAUGUUGAUAGCUCUACAACGUCUCCACCUGACACACCAGGGAUUGCCUCAGCAAUUGUUCCUGACAUAGAUGAAAUUGCAGCCCAGGCUGAAACCAUGUUUGCUGGCAGAAAAGAAAAAAAAAACCCACAGAAAAUAUCCACCCUUGGGGGCAGAACGUUUUUACGGGUCCUUAUUCACCUCAUCAUGCAUGACUACCCUCCUUUGCUCUCCGGUGCUCUGCACCUCUUAUUUAAGCACUUCAGCCAGAGAGCAGAGGUUCUGCAAGCAUUUAAACAGGUUCAGUUGCUGGUAUCUAAUCAAGAUGUUGAUAACUACAAGCAAAUCAAGGCUGAUCUUGAUCAGCUACGUCUGACUGUGGAAAAAUCAGAAUUGUGGGUUGAGAAGAGCAGCAAUUAUGAGAGUGGAGAGGUGGGCGACAAUCAAACCAAAGGGGGAGAAGAGCCAAUGGAGGAGUCAAAUAUUUUGAGUCCAAUACAGGAUGGGACCAAAAAACCCCAGAUAGACAGCAAUAAAAGCAAUAACUACAAUAUUGUUAAAGAGAUUUUGAUUCGCCUCAGCAAACUUUGUGUUCAGAAUAAAAAAUGUCGGAAUCAACAGCAGCGAUUGCUGAAAAAUAUGGGCGCCCACUUGGUAGUCUUGGACCUUCUGCAGAUACCCUAUGAAAAGAGCGAUGAGAAGAUGAAUGAAGUUAUGAAUUUAGCCCACACUUUUCUUCAGAAUUUCUGUCGAGGAAAUCCUCAGAAUCAAGUUCUCCUCCACAAAAAUCUCAACUUGUUCUUAACUCCAGGGCUCCUGGAAGCUGAAACCAUGCGGCACAUCUUCAUGAAUAAUUACCUUCUGUGUAAUGAAAUUAGUGAAAGAGUGGUGCAGCACUUUGUGCACUGCAUUGAGACCCAUGGCCGUCACGUGGAGUACCUGCGUUUCCUGCAGACCAUUGUGAAAGCAGAUGGCAAAUACGUGAAAAAAUGCCAGGACAUGGUAAUGACAGAGCUGAUAAAUGGCGGUGAAGAUGUGUUGAUAUUCUACAAUGACAGAGCAUCGUUUCCAGUCCUACUCCAAAUGAUGUGUUCAGAGCGAGAUCAAGCAGACGAGAGCGGACCCUUAGCAUAUCACAUCACUCUAGUGGAAUUGCUAGCGGCUUGUACAGAAGGCAAGAACGUAUACACAGAGAUCAAGUGCAAUUCACUUCUGCCACUGGAUGACAUAGUGAGAGUGGUAACCCACGAUGACUGCAUACCUGAGGUGAAGAUAGCCUAUGUUAAUUUUGUUAACCACUGUUAUGUGGACACCGAAGUGGAAAUGAAAGAAAUCUAUGCCAGUAACCAUAUUUGGAAGUUAUUUGAGAAUUUCCUUGUUGAUAUGGCAAGGGUUUGUAACACAACCACAGAUCGUAAACAUGCAGACACAUCUCUGGAGAAAUAUGUCACCGAGCCGGUAAUGAACAUUGUGAGUGGCUUCUUCAAUUCGCCAUUUUCAGAUAACAGCACCAGCCUCCAGACGCACCAGCCUGUUUUUAUUCAGCUGCUGCAGUCUGCUUUUAGAAUUUACAACUGUACCUGGCCAAACCCAACGCAGAAAGCCUCAGUGGAGUCAUGUAUCAAGACUUUGGCUGAAGUGGCAAAAAACCGUGGGAUUGCAAUUCCCGUGGAUUUGGACAGCCAGGUCAACACCUUGUUCAUGAAGAGUCAUUCUAACAUGGUGCAGAGGGCAGCUAUGGGGUGGAGAAUGUCAGCCCGCAGCGGACCUCGUUUUAAAGAAGCUCUUGGUGGGCCUGCCUGGGAUUACAGGAACAUAAUAGAAAAACUACAGGAUGUGGUGUCCUCCUUGGAGCAGCAGUUCACUCCCAUGAUGCAAGCUGAAUUCUCGGUGCUGGUUGAUGUGCUGCACAGUCCAGAACUUCUUUUUCCUGAGGGGAGCGAUGCCAGAAUAAGAUGUGGUGCUUUCAUGUCCAAGUUGAUUAAUCACACUAAGAAGCUAAUGGAGAAAGAAGAAAAGCUCUGCAUUAAAAUUCUUCAGACAUUACGAGAAAUGCUGGACAAGAAAACUAACUUUGCGGAAGAGGGCAACACUUUAAGGAAAAUACUCCUGUAUCGCUACUUUAAAGGAGAAUAUGGAAGUGGUAUGAAUGGGCCCCUGUCUGCCAGCUACAGCAAACCGGCACAAGUGGGAGGUGGAUUUUCAGGACAAGACUCAGAUAAGUCUGGGGUAACCAUGUUUGAUAUUCAGUGCCUUCUGGAUAAAGAAGGUGCAUCAGAACUAGUCAUAGAUGUUAUAGUAAACACCAAAAAUGACAGAAUUUUCUCAGAAGGCAUUUUGCUUGGUAUUGCGUUGCUUGAAGGUGGAAAUUCGCAAACACAGUGUUCGACUUACCAGCAACUGAAGGAGCAAAAAAAGUCAGAAAAAUUCUUUAAAGUCCUGUAUGACCGCAUGAAAGCUGCUCAGCAGGAGAUACGAUCAACAGUGACAGUGAACACUAUUGAUCUGGGGAGCAAAAAGAAAGAUGAUGAUAGUGACCUAACCGUAUCUGUUCCCAAAAAGAGAGUAAAGGAUUCAACCCUGCAUCUGAAAGAGGGUAUGAAAGGACAGUUAACAGAAGCAUCUUCUGCAACGUCCAAGGCUUACUCUGUGUAUAGAAGAGAAAUGGACCCAGAAAUAGAUCUUAUGGGCUCAGGAACCGAUGCUGCAAAUGCAGAAGAGAAGUCCACAGAAGAAGCGAUCAUGAGCCCUGCCAUUGCAAUCAUGCAACCAAUAUUGAGAUUUCUUCAGCUGCUGUGCGAAAACCACAACCGAGAGCUCCAGAAUUUUUUAAGACAUCAGAACAAUAAAACAAAUUACAACCUUGUUUGUGAGACCCUUCAGUUUUUGGACUGUAUCUGUGGAAGCACGACAGGCGGACUGGGCUUAUUGGGGCUUUACAUCAAUGAAAGGAAUGUGGCUCUUGUGAACCAGACGCUGGAAAGCUUGACUGAAUAUUGCCAAGGUCCAUGCCAUGAAAAUCAGACUUGCAUAGCCACCCAUGAAUCUAAUGGGAUUGAUAUUAUAAUUGCACUCAUCUUGAAUGACAUAAACCCUCUUGGCAAAUACUGCAUGGACUUGGUGCUUCAGCUAAAGAACAAUGCCUCCAAGCUUUUGCUUGCUAUUAUGGAAAGCAGGCACGACAGUGAGAAUGCGGAAAGGAUCCUUUUCAACAUGAGACCAAGAGAACUGGUGGAUGUGAUGAAGAAUGCGUAUAACCAAGGCCUCGAAUGUGACCACGAAGAGGAGAAUGGAGAUGAUGGCAUCUCCCCAAAAGAUGUUGGCCAUAAUAUCUAUAUUUUGGCACAUCAGUUGGCUCGUCACAAUAAAACAUUGCAACAGAUGCUGAAGCCAGGGUCAGAUCCAGAUGAAGGAGAUGAAGCCUUGAGGUAUUAUGCCAAUCAUACGGCACAGAUAGAGAUUGUUCGCCAUGAUAGAACAAUGGAGCAAAUUGUCUUCCCUGUCCCCAAUAUUUGUGAAUUCCUCACUCGGGAAUCCAAAAGUCGGGUAUUCAAUACAACAGAGAGAGAUGAACAAGGGAGCAAAGUCAAUGACUUUUUCCAACAGACAGAGGAUCUCUACAACGAGAUGAAAUGGCAAAAGAAAAUUAGGAAUAAUCCACCCCUGUUUUGGUUCUCCAGACACAUCUCUCUCUGGGGGAGCAUUUCCUUCAACCUCGCUGUAUUCAUCAAUUUAGCAGUUGCUCUGUUCUACCCCUUUGGAGAUGACGGAGAUGAAGGCACGCUCUCUCCGUUGUUUUCACUCCUCCUUUGGAUAGCAGUGGCGUUUUGUACAGCAAUGCUGUUUUUCAUCUCCAAGCCUGUUGGUAUUCGACCCUUUUUGGUGUCUGUUAUUCUCAGGUCUAUAUAUACUAUAGGGCUUGGUCCUACCUUGAUACUUCUUGGUGCUGCUAAUCUUUGUAACAAAAUAGUGUUUCUGGUGAGCUUUGUUGGGAACCGUGGAACAUUCACCCGUGGCUACAGAGCGGUCAUCAUGGACAUGGCUUUUCUCUAUCACGUAGCCUAUGUCCUCGUCUGCAUGCUGGGCCUCUGUGUGCACGAAUUCUUCUAUAGUUUCCUGCUGUUUGAUCUGGUGUACAGAGAAGAGACUUUGCUAAAUGUGAUAAAAAGCGUUACCCGGAAUGGUCGUUCCAUUAUCCUCACUGCAGUGCUAGCACUCAUCCUAGUUUAUCUCUUCUCCAUCAUUGGGUUCCUCUUCUUGAAAGAUGACUUUAUCAUGGAGGUCGACAGAUUGAAAAUCAGGACCCCUGUUGCAGGUGUCGGUGAAGUCCCCACUACAACCCUCACAUCAAUGGUGGGAGCCUGUGCAAAAGAGAACUGUUCCACGAGCAUCCCAAUUACUAACCCAGGUGAAGAGGAAGAGGAUGGACUAGAAAGGACCUGUGACACCCUGCUCAUGUGCAUUGUGACCGUAUUAAACCAAGGCCUGCGAAAUGGUGGUGGUGUGGGAGACGUGCUCAGAAAGCCUUCCAAAGAUGAGCCCUUGUUUGCUGCACGAGUUGUUUAUGAUCUUCUGUUUUACUUCAUUGUCAUAAUUAUUGUUCUAAACCUAAUCUUUGGAGUCAUCAUUGAUACAUUUGCUGAUCUCAGAAGCGAAAAGCAGAAAAAGGAGGAAAUACUAAAGACAACCUGUUUCAUCUGUGGACUGGAGAGAGACAAAUUUGAUAACAAGACUGUUUCGUUUGAGGAGCACAUAAAGUCAGAACACAACAUGUGGCAUUAUUUGUACUUUAUAGUUCUUGUCAAAGUUAAAGAUCCAACCGAAUACACUGGCCCGGAGAGCUAUGUGGCGCAAAUGAUUGUGGAGAAGAAUUUGGACUGGUUCCCUCGGAUGAGAGCCAUGUCCCUGGUUAGCAAUGAAGGCGACAGCGAGCAAAACGAAAUCAGGAACCUGCAAGAGAGGCUGGAGUCCACCAUGAGCCUCGUGAAACAGCUCUCCAGCCAGCUUGCUGAGCUCAAGGAACAGAUGACAGAACAAAGGAAGAAUAAGCAGAGGCUGGGCUUUCUUGGAUCAAACACACCCCAUGUGAAUCAUCACAUGCCACCACCCUGAUACCACGGGGAGAAGCCGUGACUAGCCUUUCAUCAGUAUUCCUGCUUUAUUAUAGAAUAAAAAGCUGAGAUUGAGAGGAGUGAACAGUGCCUAUUGUUACAAAGUUAAAAACAACCAAGUGCCAAGAUGUUAAGUGGUUUAGCUCUGGGAACAAUUUGUAGCUGUUUUUCAUGGUUGAAAGGGACCACAACCUAGAAUGGGAGAGAUAGAAAGGAGCUGGUUUGUAUUCAUUCGCGGGGCCCGACUCAGCUGCCUUUGCGCUCUGCAACUCGAUGGCUUCGGCGGUAGCUGCCCUGUGCGAUGGAGGUCGGGGCAGCGUUUGGCCGCAUCCCGAGAGCUGCCCUUGCCCUUCUCCCUGAAGCGCCGGAAUAACCCAGAUGAGCAGAAGAAGGAGAAAUGUUUGUUAACGCAUAUACGAUAGCCUGGUUCGGAAUCGCUAGAAGUCGUUUCUGGCUUAUUUGCCAAAUAGCAACAUUAGUCAUGUUUGCUUGGCGUU